GAUCUUUGUACUACAAUACGAGUUAGUGUUGAGCGUUACAGUGAUGCACCAAGUAUAACACCAUUCAGUAAUACUUGCCAAGAAUUGAAGAGGUUAUUAGAGAAAUGUGGCAAUGAGGUAGAUAUUGCCCUAGGAAAUCAUUCUGAUUUGACAAAGAGCAUAGAGAUAUCAAGAAAACUUUACUAUGAAUGCACUGCAUGUGAUGGAUAUGAGCCUCAUUACAUUUCUCCUGCUUCGGGUCAGACGGCUAACUUGCCUUUUUGUUGUCAGAAAAGGAAAAAUUAUCGACAACCGACUCCUGAAGAAUCUUAUUGGUUUCCCGAAGAAGAGCAGACAGCUGAAAAUGUACCUGUCACUAUCAGUGAAAAAGAUAUGGUGGUAAUAUCGAAGAGAGUUGGUGACAAAGCUGCUACUCUUGCUGCAUGCCUGGAUAUGCUUCAAAAGUUUAAGGCUCUCCAGCAAAAUCCAGCAUAUAGUAAUGAUCCAAUGCUUCAUUUGCUUUAUGAGUGGAAAAUUGGUGGUGGAUGUAGAGAAGAUUUGAUCGAAGCUCUUAAAUGUGCUGAUCUUCAUCAGCUAGCUGAUCAAGUUAAAGUCUCUGACUAUAGACCUGCCAGUCGUAGACCUUCUGUUGUUAAUGUCCGCCAGCCAACAAAUGAACAGUGUUCUGAUUUUGAACGUUCUCAAGAAAUUGAAGCCAAGAUUAAUAAUUUAAUCUUUGAAAUUGCUGAAGCACAAGUUAAAAAUACACGAGAUUCUGAUCAACUUACUGAUUCAUAUAUUAACCAAAGACAUCAAGAAAUUCCUGAAGCUUCUAGGGAUAUAGAAGAUGAUGACUUGUUGCGUUCAUCUAAUUUUUUUAAUGCUAAAAAAAUCAAAAAAUUUGUCGAGAUUUAUGAUGAUGAUUCAGGGUAUCUUCAGUCAGUAAUGAAUAAAUACCGACAUAAACGUAGUGAUACACAAACCAUUGCAAUUCAAGUUCUUCGUGCUAUGGUUAGAAAAAAUCCUAGCAUUACUAAAAAAGAUCUGGAAAAGAGACUCCAUCUAAUGAAAUUUGAAGAAGCUGCUAUUAAUCUGUCAGAGCCUUCUCAGCUUGCUCAGGCUACUCAUGCAACUUCUGCUCAAGCUACUCCUCAGGCUACUCAGACAGAUCAAUCUAACACAAAAUGCUUUGUAUUAUGAACAAUCUUUAGUGAAAGCAUAUUUAGUGUGAAAGCAUAUUUAGUAUAAACUUAACUGAUAAUUAUUAUAGAUGAUUAUAAACUUUUUACUAUUAUCUACUCUAGUUAA